GAUUGUAGGUCUACUUUGUAGAUCUACAGUCAUGUAGCUUGUCUUACCGGUACCGGUAUGAACCAUGCAUGUCCUACAGCGACUGCAGUGUCAGAGCGGAUGGUGUCUAGGCUUUUGCCUUGCGCAUCUUGGUCGUUUCGCCGAGAAAGAAAUACUCCCUGGUCGUUAUGGAAUAGCGAUAGUUGGCAUUGCGCGGAGUGUUCAGCCGGUGGCUUUCUCCCAACGGCUACUGCACACCAACCGUACCAGCUAUGAUGUGAAAGAGGCAGCAUCACCGCUCGAAUCUGUUUUGACUAUAGAAGAGGUAGGUGAUAAUGAAUUCUGUGCCAGCACACCAUGGACACCGUAUGGCCAGUCCGUCAAGCACAUGUUUGGUGGCCAGGCAGUGGGACAGGCUUUAAUGGCCGCGGGGCGCACACUGCGUGGAGAACAUGCCGGAAAGCUGGUCAAUUCACUGCACGCGUACUUCCUGCGGGCUGCAAACCUGACAUCGCCAAUUACCUAUAAAGUGGACUGCAUACGGGAUGGGAAAAGUUACAGCGUGCGACAAGUUUCCGCUAUUCAAGAUGGGUGUCCUUUCUUUACCAGUACAAUGUCAUUUCACCACUAUGAGGAAAGCAGUCCGUUGUAUCAUCAGGUGGAUCUCCCUCAAGAUAUUCCGAUGCCAGAAGAUCUGUUAGAGCCUAGUGAAGUAGUUGAGCGAUACUUGAAUGAUGCAAGUCAAGCGAGGUUGUGCAGCCACAUCUCUGUGUAUCCAUCACGGGUGAUCGACUUCCGAGAUGGUGACUAUCCCCGCGACGACACCGCAAAGCCAGACAAAAAUCGUAAAGUUCUUUGGAUGAAGCUAAGACAGCAGCUGAGCAAGGCAAAUCCCCUGCUGCACCAAUGUGCCAUGGCCUAUCUGUCGGAUUUCUUGAUCAGCCGCACUGCAUUUCGAAUAGAGGCACACAGCACCCAUCUGUCUCCGCUGCGCUUUGCCUCGCUUGAUCAUGGCCUAUGGAUACACAGCCCUGAUGCUCUGGCUAAUGACUGGUUGCUGUAUGUACUGGAAAGUCCUGUUGCCAAAGCUGGACGAGGUCUUAACACGGGCAGACUGUACAGCCGAGACGGAAAGCUACUGGCAAGUACAGCUCAAGAAGGAGCAUAUCGCAUGCAGCGGCUGUAGGCACUGCGACAUGCAUUUCUAUUCAAUAUGCCCAACAAUUCAACACACAAAGUUAUUUAUCAAAAAAAUGUAAAAGUUCCAUUUUGUGGGUUUGCUUUCGAUCGCAAUGCGGAUGCAGUGAAAAUCAAAGGGACAAAGGUCCUCUUUGAACAGGCUUCCUCCUUCUUCUUCUUCUUCUGGUGAGAUAUCUUUCUCACUGUAAGCAAGGUGCGUAGACAAGAAUGUGCAACUCGGCUUGGUUUGGCCCACUGUGGGAUUUCUGUUUACGCCAGCUUUUCUGGGGAUCAUGCAUUAUACUGUAAGAGGCAUGUACUACGAGUCUGUGGCCGCGUGAACAUGGCCAGGUUUCACUUAACUUCCACAGCAAAUACGGUAACAACUAACAAGGGGAGUUAUAAAUUGUAACAAAAGCAACAAAUGCACAAACACGUGAUAAAAGUCGGCACCCAACGCAUGCUUUGUACAUUUGUACUUCUUUUUUUCUUUCUUUUUGAAGUACAUGCGUUCUGGAACAGGUAACGGCGACGAGAAUUUCCGCUAUGAACCAGACCAGAGUUGCACACUCUUGUCCUGGGAUUCGUUUCCAUGAAGAUUCCCGUAGGGGUAUGGGACGACGCAAUGCCAUCACAUGACGACGAUUUUUCUCCCCUAUGGCCAGAUCGACACAUCGAGUUUAAAAUGGAAGCCCUCACUUGCAGAAAACUCGUUUUCAAACUCAUUCUGAGAAUGUACUCGUACUCGUAAAUGCAUGUUUGUACACGCAUUCAGAUCGGGUUGAACUGAGCAUGGGUAAGCAGUCAACUGUGUACACGUACAGCCAUAUUCACAGAAUGUACUGAACCUAAAUCGUGUAGCUGCUCGCGCUAUUGAAAUGCUGUACAAGUACUUCCAUCACCUCUGACCUCUUCCCUCAAGCCCCUCCGUAUAUAUUCCAGUGAAUGCUAGUCUUGGUCAUACGCUGUCUGAUGAGUGUUUCACACGAAACUCCGAGUAACGGCGGAAACAGAUUUGUUUGCUUCAUUGCUCUGUGAUCAUUGUAUCUGCCAUAUAUGGCAACAAUUGCCCCAAAGGGAAGCCUGAAAUGCAUAUGGCCCAU